CGGGAGUUAGUUGCAAUGAAACAGGGGUGGUGUAUACUUCUGGAACCAAACCCCUGUUCCCAAUCUCCCCGUCACUCACAGGUAGCUUUCACUCAAUAUUUCAUUCCUUUUCUCCAAAACCAAAGUAAGGACUUACCAAACAAAUCAUUAACUGAUUACUCAAUCUCUUCACUCAUCUUCCACAGGGUACUGAUUACUGAAUCUAUUCACUUUCUCCGCCGUCAUCUUCAACAACUUCCAAUCAGAAUGGCAAUGCAAGCCGCAGCUCUACCUUCUGCUCAAGUCGUUGGAAAUGCUUUUGUUGAGCAGUAUUAUCAAAUUCAGCAUCACUCCCCAGAGUUAGUAUUCCGAUUCUACCAGGACUCGAGUGUCUUAAGUCGCCCAAAUUCUAGUGGUGUGAUGUCAUCCGUGACAACAAUGAAAAAUAUCAAUGAGAUGAUAUGUUCAUUAGACUACAAGAACUACAAGGCGGAAAUAAAGACUGCAGAUGCACAAGAAUCCUUUAAGGAUGGGGUGAUUGUUUUGGUAACUGGAUGCUUAACCGGAAAGGAUAACUUGAGAAGGAAAUUCACCCAGACAUUUUUCCUUGCCCCACAGGACAAGGGUUAUUUUGUUUUGAAUGAUGUUUUUAGGUAUGUAGAAGAAAAUGAGACUGAUACCGUCUCAGAAAUGGUUAAUGGAACUGAGGAUGUGCAGUCAGAGGUUUUGACUCCUGAUCCAGAAUAUACUCAUGUGGUUGAUCCUCCAAAUCUCGACCAAGCUGGUUCAUAUGCAGAAGAAGUUCAACAUGUUGAGGAAAAAGCCAAUGAACCUUUGGAAGACGGAAGACAAGUUGGUGAUGAAAGCGAGAUUGUUGUGGAAGCUGAAUCCCAUUUCAAUGAGGACCAGAACCCUGCAAAUACAGAAUCAGCUAAUUCUGUUACUCAAGAGGAUGCUCCUAAGAUGUCAUAUGCAUCAAUUGUCAGUUCACAAACAAAGAAAGGGCCGAUCAAAAUCUAUGUACCUACUAAUACUUCCAGAGCGGCUCCUCCGAAGGCUGUAAAGCAGCCAGUUGCUGCAGUAGCACAAACUCCAGCCCCUGAAGCAUCAAAUCGUACUGGCCCUAGUGGAACUAAUGUACCUGUAACUAAUCACACUGAAGAUGAAGCUGAGGGACACUCCAUUUAUGUCCGCAAUUUGCCUCUAGAUGUAACUGCAGCCCAACUUGAGGCUGAAUUUAAAAGAUAUGGGCCUAUUAAGCAAGGAGGUGUACAAGUUAGAAGUAACAGGCAUCAAGGGUUCUGCUUUGGCUUUGUUGAAUUUGAAGAUGAGAGCUCCAUGUACGGUGCCAUACAGGCUUCACCCAUUACCAUUGGGGGUCGUCAAGCUGUUGUUGAGAUGAAGAGAACUACAACUAGAGUUGGUAGUGCGAGAGGCCGUUUCCAUACUGGAAGAGGAGGGUUCCGAAAUGACAAUUUCAGGGGCCGCGGAAACUUUGGUGGAGUUCGAAGCUAUGGGAGAAAUGAAUUUGGAGGACGUGAUUUUUCAGGGCGUGGUAGGGGUCAAGGGGGACGAGGUGGUGAAGGAUAUCAAGUAAGAGGGAGAGGGGGACGGAGAGGUGGACCUAGUCAAAGUUCUGCUACAGCAUAGUUUGUGUGGCUGGAUAAAUUUUGACCUAGUUUCUUUGCCAGUGUGCAAGCAGCGGAACAGUUCUAGCUGUGUAGUGAUAUCAACUUAAAUCAAAGUUGAGGUUGACAUUAAUUCUUUGUUCUAGUCAUUUUUCCCUUUUUUCCUUGACAGCUUGAGUUCUCUCAAGUUAAAGUGUGGGGCAUUUUCUUUUACUAACAAAUUUUUGCGUAGGUGACCUGUGACUCGUGUUUCACAGGGUAGAAAAUGUAACUCGCAGCGCUUAAUGUUAUGUCCAAUUAUAUAUAGGAAAAGGCUUGUGUUGAAUGCUAAGAGUGAUUAGCUUGCUUCUUUGCUGAAGCUAAGAUUGGAAAGAAAAAGAAAGGUAAAUUUAGCAUCAAUGAAGUAUUUGCUUUCUUGAUGUGA